GAUUGUUAGCACGCAUGUUUGAGCGCUUUGCCACCGAUGACGAAGGCGAUAGCUGAGGAUGGAUGCCAUAGCUUACUAGUUACCAUCGUAGCGAGUGCGCCUCACGCAUAUGUACUGUUGCAAUUCCCUGCAGCCACGACGCCACAUGUCAUCGCAUCGCCGAUUCUGAUGAUUCGACCUGUAUAAACCCAAGUUGAACACCGCCGUAUAAGAUUAGCAAGGUUUCUUAUGAUAACCAUAUUCCGAAGUCGUUCGUUUCCCCCUUAGUUGCUCAUGUGGUGCUUCAACCCUGGCAACGACGAGCAGCCGUCGGUAGCCCCAUCAUCGUCGGCGCGCCACUGCUCCUCUUCAAUGGAGAAACUGCGUUCGGCCAACAAGAACGUGCUCGGGACGUACGACACGCCGCCGACAUGGGUCUCAGACGAAUCCAUCCCGUCUUGCGCGGCCUGCCACGACGACUUUGAUCUUUUCAAUCGAAAGCACCAUUGCCGCGGAUGCGGCGGAGUGUUUUGCGGGACUUGCACACCACAUAGCGGCAAAGUGCUCAAGCUCGGACUCACCACCGACGUCCGCUUGUGUGGUCCUUGCGCCACCUCGGCCCAACGGGAAAAUGGGUUCUACGCCCGGCACUUGCCGCUGCUCGAGGCUGGCGCGGUGUUUGUCAAAUAUGGUUUCCUUGUCGAGCGUACCGUGUUUGUGAAAUGGGUGGAUGGCACCGUUCAGUACCAAUCGAUCAACGUGAUGUCGAACGUUCUGUCGGGCAUUGUCAAGGCGAUUCCUUUCGACACUAUUUCAAGUCUCACUCCAGUGGGAGUCAGCGGACUCUACCUCACCACACCCUCCCAGCAACAUCGACUGGACGCGGCAGAUCCGCAUAUCCGGGACCUGUGGCUGCAAGCUCUUCGUAGCGCCCUGGAGAUGCGACAGUUUCAAGUGCAGAAGAUUGAGGAGGAGACGGCGGCGCGGGUGGCGCUGGAGCAUCAGGAAAUGACGCGGGUGAUGAUCGGGUAACUAGCAGGAUAUUCGCAUGAUGAUGGCGGCGGCUGUGUGGUUGCUAUAUGUAUGUGUUGACGAAUGGCGUAAUAGACUGGAAUCGAUUGAGCUCCGAAAGACACAUAUGCAGCAAACGCGGCUGGAGAAGAACCAAAGUCGUCGCGAAGCAUUGCGGGCCAAGUAUGGUCUGGACGUGGCAACGACGACAGGCCCAUAGCGCAAUGAACGGGGGCAUGUUUAAGAAGGAAAAUUUGUAACUUAAUGGAACUACAUGGAGCUGUGCAUGUGCAUGGGGGUGAUGUGCUUCAGGCAGUCCUUGAUUGCCAUCGUCGCAAGCUGCGCUGCGUACCGCACGUCCUCGGAAUCGGAGCACAGAUCCAAGCGCUCUGCAUUGUCGUCGUUGGGCAACCGCGUUUCGGAGCAAUAGUCUCCUUCGCCUUCCAUCACGUACGAAUCCAGCGGAAGCAUGGGGCACAUGGAUCCAUAUUCAGCAACGACGCGGUCUGCCAUGGCGAAAUGAUGCUGCUAUAGAG